AAGGAGCGAGGGGCGGAUUCUGCGGCCGUGGGAGGCGGUGGUGGUGGCUGCGGCGGCGGCGGCGGCGGCGGCGGCGGCGGCGGCGGGGAGCGGACCGCUCGGAGCUGGACCGAGGAGGAGGAGGAAGAGGUGGAGGGCGGUGCUGUGUCCCCGCAGGAGUCGGAGAGGAUGGCGGGGGCCGGCGGCCAGCACCACCCUUCGGGCGCCGCGGGAGGAGCGGCCGCCGCGGCCGGCGCUGCGGUAGCCCCCGCCACUGCCUCGGCCGGGCCCGGAGAGGAUUCGUCCGACAGCGAAGCGGAGCAAGAGGGACCCCAGAAACUGAUCCGCAAAGUGUCCACUUCGGGGCAGAUCCGGACCAAGACCAGUAUUAAAGAGGGACAGCUGUUGAAGCAAACCAGCUCUUUCCAAAGAUGGAAAAAGCGAUAUUUCAAACUUCGAGGUCGUACACUUUAUUAUGCAAAGGACUCAAAGUCUCUGAUAUUUGAUGAAGUUGACCUCUCAGAUGCCAGUGUAGCUGAAGCAAGCACAAAAAAUGCUAACAACAGCUUCACGAUAAUCACUCCAUUCAGAAGACUAAUGCUUUGCGCUGAGAAUAGGAAAGAGAUGGAAGAUUGGAUCAGCUCGCUGAAGUCUGUACAGACCAGAGAAACUUACGAGGUGGCCCAGUUUAAUGUGGAACAUUUCUCAGGGAUGCAUAACUGGUACGCCUGCUCCCAUGCCCGACCCACUUUCUGUAACGUCUGCCGAGAGAGUCUUUCUGGGGUCACCUCCCAUGGCCUGUCCUGCGAAGUGUGUAAGUUCAAGGCUCAUAAAAGGUGUGCAGUGAGAGCAACAAAUAACUGCAAGUGGACGACCCUGGCCUCCAUCGGGAAGGACAUCAUAGAGAACGAGGAUGGGCUGGCUAUGCCCCACCAGUGGCUCGAGGGUAACUUGCCCGUGAGUGCCAAGUGUGCUGUCUGUGAAAAAACGUGUGGCAGCGUUCUCCGUCUUCAAGACUGGAGAUGCCUUUGGUGUAAAACGAUGGUACACACUGCCUGCAAAGAUUUAUAUCAUCCUAUAUGUCCACUUGGCCAAUGUAGAGUAUCUGUCAUACCUCCAAUUGCACUGAACAGCACCGAUUCUGAUGGUUUCUGUAGAGCAACAUUUUCAUUCUGUGUUAGUCCUCUAUUGGUUUUUGUCAAUUCUAAGAGUGGAGAUAAUCAGGGAGUAAAGUUUCUUCGCCGAUUUAAACAGUUACUAAAUCCAGCUCAGGUGUUUGAUUUGAUGAAUGGCGGUCCUCAUUUAGGUUUAAGAUUAUUCCAGAAGUUUGACAAUUUCCGGAUUCUUGUUUGUGGAGGAGAUGGAAGUGUAGGUUGGGUUUUGUCAGAAAUUGAUAAGCUCAACUUGAAUAAACAGUGUCAGCUGGGAGUACUGCCUCUGGGUACAGGAAAUGACCUUGCCCGGGUUCUUGGCUGGGGAGGCUCAUACGAUGACGACACCCAACUUCCUCAGAUACUUGAGAAGCUGGAACGAGCCAGCACCAAAAUGUUGGACAGGUGGAGUAUAAUGACCUAUGAACUCAAAUUGCCAGCAAAGGCUUCUCUACUUCCAGAACCUCCAGAAGCAUCUGAAGAAUUUUAUAUGACAAUUUAUGAAGACUCAGUUGCAGCUCAUCUUACAAAAAUCCUCAAUUCUGAUGAACAUGCAGUGGUCAUAUCGUCUGCCAAGGUACUUUGUGAAACUGUAAAGGACUUCGUUGCCAAAGUAGAGAAGGCGCAUGAAAAAACGUUGGAAAGAGCUGUUGCAGCCGAUGCCGUGGCCAAUAAAUGUUCAGUUCUAAAUGAGAAGCUUGAACAACUGCUCCAGGCUUUGCACACAGAUUCCCAGGCUAGUCCGGUUCUCCCGGGCAUCAGCCCUCUCAUUGUAGAAGAAGAUCCUGUGGAAUCGUCCAGCGAAGAAUCCUUGUGUGAAAGCAAGGAACAACUCUUGGAUGACACUACAAAACCUUCCUCCCAGAAAACUGUCAAACCGAGGGAAAUAAUGCUGCGGGCAAACAGUUUAAAGAAAGCAGUGAGGCAAGUCAUUGAAGAGGCCGGAAAAGUGAUGGAUGAGCAGACAGUUCACUCCUCUGAACCAGUUAAUCAAUCAUUUGAUUACGAUAGCACAGAAACAGAUGAGUCUAAAGAUGAAUCAAAAGAAGAUGAUGCAAAAGCGUCAUUAACUGUUAAAACUGCACCUCGGUCUCCAGAUGGCCGGGCAAGUCGUUCCCAAACUGACUCUGGCUCUGGUCCUGCUGUGGCAGCCAGUAAAGAAAACCUCCCAGUGCUCAAUACCAGAAUAAUCUGCCCAGGUUUAAGAGCAGGACUAGCUGCCUCAAUUGCUGGGAGUUCUAUUAUCAACAAAAUGUUACUAGCAAAUAUUGAUCCUUUCGGUGCAAUGCCAUUUAUCGACCCAGAUCCAGAUUCAGUAGAUGGAUAUUCUGAAAAAUGUGUCAUGAACAAUUACUUUGGGAUUGGAUUAGAUGCAAAAAUUUCAUUAGAAUUUAAUAAUAAGAGAGAGGAGCACCCUGAAAAAUGCAGGAGCCGAACUAAAAACUUGAUGUGGUAUGGAGUCCUCGGAACCCGGGAGUUACUACAGAGAUCGUACAAGAAUUUGGAACAGAGAGUUCAACUUGAGUGUGAUGGGCAGUAUAUUCCUCUCCCCAGUCUGCAAGGGAUAGCAGUGUUGAACAUUCCCAGCUACGCCGGAGGCACUAACUUUUGGGGUGGAACUAAAGAAGAUGAUAUAUUUGCUGCACCAUCAUUUGAUGACAAGAUCCUGGAAGUCGUUGCAAUAUUUGAUAGCGUGCAAAUGGCAGUUUCAAGGGUCAUUAAACUGCAGCACCAUCGAAUAGCCCAGUGCCGUACAGUAAAAAUCACUAUAUUUGGCGAUGAGGGAGUCCCAGUGCAGGUGGAUGGCGAAGCAUGGGUUCAGCCUCCAGGGAUUAUCAAAAUUGUGCACAAAAACAGAGCUCAGAUGCUCACAAGGGACAGGGCCUUUGAAAGCACUCUGAAAUCUUGGGAAGAUAAGCAGAAGUGUGAUUCUGGUAAACCAGUUCUUCGAACGCAUUUGUACAUCCAGCAUGCAGUUGACCUGGCGACAGAAGAGGUGUCUCAGAUGCAGCUGUGCUCGCAGGCUGCAGAGGAACUCAUCACCAGGAUUUGUGAUGCAGCCACCAUCCACUGUCUUUUGGAGCAAGAGCUGGCGCACGCAGUGAACGCAUGCUCCCACGCACUGAACAAAGCCAACCCACGCUUCCCAGAGAGUCUUACGAGAGACACUGCCACUGAAAUAGCCAUCAAUGUGAAGGCCCUGUAUAAUGAAACAGAGUCUUUACUAGUUGGCAGGGUUCCUUUGCAGUUGGAAUCUCCACAUGAAGAGCGGGUAUCCAAUGCCUUGCAUUCCGUGGAGGUGGAGCUACAGAAAUUAACAGAGAUCCCUUGGCUUUAUUAUAUCUUACACCCAAAUGAGGAUGAGGAGCCCCCCAUGGAUUGCACCAAGAGAAACAGCAGAAGCACAGUAUUUCGUAUUGUGCCCAAAUUCAAAAAGGAGAAGGUUCAGAAGCAGAAGACAAGUUCACAGGCUGUUCAGAAAUGGGGCACAGAGGAAGUUGCUGCUUGGCUGGAUCUGCUCAAUUUGGGAGAGUACAAAGAAAUCUUCAUCCGUCAUGACAUCAGAGGGGCUGAACUCUUGCAUCUGGAAAGGCGAGAUCUUAAGGACCUGGGGAUACCGAAAGUGGGUCAUAUGAAGCGAAUUCUCCAGGGAAUUAAAGAGCUUGGAAGGAGCACACCCCCAGUCUGAGGUGUAAUCAUAUUGGUGCUGUUCCUUGGAAGGAAAGUAAUUGCUACUUAAUACAAAGUCCUUGGGAGCCAUUGGCUCUUCUUGUAGUUUUCUGCCUAGAUAAAUAAGCACCACUGAGGCACCUCUAUGGCUUGAUAUGGGUGAAAAGUUUGAUUUGAGGUAUUAGAAAAUAUUUUGUGCCACAAAAAUACAUUCCACAAAGCCAUUUUCUUAUUGUGCAAACCUGACACAUUCAAAUUUGCUCAUAUUAGUAAAAAGGUGGGAGGAAUCUGAGACAAUUGCAUUGUCCAAAAGGUGGAAUUGCACAAUGUUUACUUUCCUUUAACCUGGUCAGAUGGAAUGUUCUUACCGUGCAAACACAUAACAAUAUGUAGCUGAAAUUUCUUGGGUUUCAUUAUUGGAGGCAUUGGCUUCUUACUUAAAAUCACUGGCUAGAAGACUAAGAUGUAAAUUAAGUGGUGUUUUGAAUUGGUAUCACCUCAGAUUCCUAGCUCUCAGUGGUCAAAGAAUAUGGUUAAAACCCCUCAAAUACUAUGAAUGAAUGCAAAUCUUAAUGCACGAUGUUCCUGCCUGAAUUGUCUUUCUGUUUCUUGCAUGUCACAUUUAAUAUGUAACACUUAGCUUUAAUGUCAGUUUUAAUGGAAUUUAAUUUAUUACUACCUAAGUACCUUUUGGUUGGCUAAAGGCACUUUUCUGUUCUUUGAUGUGGAAUUUUGCAUAAAUAUUCUAUAUCUAAGAAUUUGUGAACAUGUGUCUGUGCCCUAAUCAACAAAUGAUAUAUAUCUUAUGCAAGCCAAUUUUAUACCAACCUAUCAUAAACAGUAGGUGUGCACAUUAAGAAAAUUCUCUGGAUAUUUUCAUAAAAUUAUAUGUUCUGUUGCCUAACAAAACUUACUAUAGCUCUCCGUACCAAAAUUCCCACAUUCUGUUUUAAAUUUUUCAUUUCAAUUAAAUAAUUAUUUAAUA